UAAGAGAGAGAGAAAAAAGUUGGUUGGGAAGGAGUCUUCUCUCUCCUCACUUCUUUAUCUCUCCCAGAGGCGACUGAAGUCUCUCACAUGCAUUGACGCUUAUCUGAAAAAAGAUCUAGCCGGAAAACUUUUCUCCAAAAUCAGAUCUCCGACGUCGCACUGAUUAGAUCUUACCCCUCUUUUUUUCUUGUGCUUUUAAUUUUCUUCCUCAUCAUCUAUUUCUUUGUCUGCGCCAAGCUUUUGGGUGUAUAGAUUCAGAAAGAAGAAAAUGGAAGCUAAUAACGGGAAUCAGGAGAGAGAGUAUAUAAGGAGGCACCAUAAGCAUGAGCUCGAGAGGGAGAAUCAGUGUAGCACUACUCUUGUUAAACACAUCAACGCUCCUGUCCAUAUCGUAUGGUCACUUGUGAGAAGAUUCGAUGAGCCACAGAAAUACAAGCCAUUCAUUAGUAGAUGUGUGGUUAAAGGAAACAUGGAGAUUGGUACUGUAAGAGAAGUUGAUGUGAGAUCAGGGUUGCCAGCUACUAGAAGCACUGAGAGGUUGGAGUUGCUUGAUGACAAUGAGCAUAUUCUCAGCAUCAGGAUUGUCGGUGGCGAUCACAGACUCAAGAACUAUUCUUCAGUCAUCUCUCUUCACCCUGAGACGAUAGAAGGAGGAAGAAUAGGGACACUUUUGAUCGAGUCUUUCGUGGUGGAUGUACCGGAAGGGAACACAAAGGAUGAGACUUGUUACUUUGUGGAGGCUCUUAUCAAAUGCAAUCUUAAGUCUUUAGCUGAUAUCUCCGAGCGUCUUGCGGUUCAGGACACAACAGGAGGUUUCCCAUGAACAGAGUCCAAGACAACAAAAAAAGACUCAAGAAAGAAACUAAUGGCAUGUGGAGUCAAGAGAGAUGAUCGCUGCCGUGGAUGAAGCUUUCAAAGGGAAAACGGAGAGAGAGUCUCUUUGAGGAUGGACAAGGCAAAUAAUCAUCAUCAUCAUUUACCGUUACAUAAUAAGUUUCUUUCUUUAUUUUUAACUUUUAUUGGCUUCUUACCCACUUUUGGUUAAUUUGAUGAAUGUUUUUGGUUUCUUCUCUCUAUAGAACCAACCAAAUAUGAUUUUGCA